CCGGCGUACGCACAGUGCGACCCGCGCGAGGACACCAUGCCGCGCUCCUUUCUGGUGAAGACGCACUCCAGCCACAGGGUCCCCAACUACGGGCAGCUGGAGAGGCAGAGAGAGACCAGUGGCGCCUGUUCUGCCUGCGGGGGGCUGGUGGUGCCCCUGGUCCUCCCAGACGAGGCGGCCCCGUCCGCACCUGGCGAGCCUCCCCGGCCCUGGGACUUCACCUCCGUCGUCGCCCACGUCUCCCUGCCCCUCCCCACCUUCCUGUGUACCGAGGAAGCUCGGGGGGCCUCGGGGCCAGAUCCCCUGGAAGUCAGCCCGGCGGACCCGCGGGCCGGCCGGGCCCCCGGCGCACCUCUCAGAGACGGCCUGAAGCACCUCAGCCUGCCCCCGCUGCUGGCUCUGCCCACGUGCUGGCCCCCGGUCCCGGGCGCAGAUGGGGCCCAGGCUCCGGGCCACCUGCCAGGGGCCGAGCGGGCCCCCCGCACCCCGGCCGCAAUGGCCGGGCACCAGCAGCUGCAUUGCCACCUGCAGGCUCAACGCUGCUUCACCUGCAAGUUCUGCGACAAGGAGUAUGGCAGCCUGGGCGCCCUCAAGAUGCACAUCCGCACGCACACGCUGCCCUGCCUCUGCGCCGUGUGUGGUAAGGCCUUCUCCAGGCCCUGGCUGCUCCAGGGCCACCUCCGGACCCACACAGGUGAGAAGCCCUACACCUGCCCUCACUGCAGCAGGGCCUUCGCCGACCGCUCCAACCUGCGGGCCCACCUGCAGACGCACUCGGACACCAAGAAGUACCAGUGCAAGCGCUGCGCCAAGACCUUCUCCCGCGUGGCGCUCCUGGUGCGGCACGAGGAGGCCGGCUGCUGCGCCCCCUGAGAGGCGGAGGGGCUGCGGAGCGGGGCGUCCUGUGAGGGCGUCGCCCUUCCCUGCCCACGCGAGGGCCUUCUCUCCGGGGGUGACUCUCGUCCGGUCGCGAGCCUCCUCCGUGCCGCUCCC